AUGGCCACACAUAAAAUCGGUAUUGUUAGAGAAGGCAAAAUGCCUGUCGAUCGGCGUGUACCGUUGACACCUAAGAAGUGUGUUGAAAUUCUACACUCAUAUCCCAAUGUUGAAAUUGUCAUACAGCCAAGUCCAACUAGAUGUUUCAAGGACAAUGACUAUACUAAUCUGGGUGUUAAACUACAGCAUGACCUCAGCGAUUGCGAUAUCAUUAUGGGAGUUAAAGAGGUCCCAACAGAACAACUGAUACCAAAUAAAACGUACCUCUUCUUUUCGCAUACUAUCAAAAAACAGCCGUAUAAUCGCAAACUGUUACAGACUAUACUAGAGAAAAAAAUAACGCUCAUCGACUACGAAACUCUCACUGACGCUCAGAAUAACCGUGUGGUCGCUUUCGGACGUUGGGCUGGCAUUGUGGGGGCCUAUAACGGCCUGCUCGUUUACGGAAAGAAAUGGGGACUUUUCGAUCUCAAACCGGCAUAUGAGUGCGUUGAUAUGGAAGACAUGCACGAAGAAUUCUUCAAAGUAAAACGAUUGCCACCAAUAAAAAUAACAAUUACGGGAGGGGGUCGUGUAGCGAAAGGUGCUGUUGAAGUUCUCGAUAUGAUGGGUAUAAAGCGAGUGAGCAUUUUUAACUUUUUGUACCACAAGUACGAGCAACCGGUUUAUGUACAGUUAAAUUCAUCGGAUUUUAAUGUACAUGUAGAUUCCAAAGUCUGGGAUACUCAGGAUUUUUAUGAACACCCUGAAGCAUACAAAUCAACAUUCGAUAAGUUUAUAAAAGUAACUGAUCUGCUGAUCAGCUGCGCUUAUUGGACGCCUGCAAUGCCUGUUCUCUUCACCGAGAAUGAUACGCAAGAUCCUGAUUUCCGUAUAAACACCAUCGCCGAUAUUACAUGCGACAUUGGCGGAUCCGUCCCAUGCACCAAGCGUUCGUCAAGUAUUGAAGAUCCGGCAUUUGAUUACAAUCCUUCGACAAAGCAACUUGAACCACCAUAUUCGAAGCCAACCAAUAUUACAGUCAUGGCUGUGGAUAAUCUGCCAUGUGAGUUGCCGAGAAAUGCGUGUCGCGAUUUUGCCCGCCAGCUUAUUGAUAAUGUGUUCCCGUAUCUUCUUGGCGUCGACGAUGGUACCAUUGAACGAGCUACAAUUACCAGAGAUGGUAAGCUGACUGAAAAAUAUGCUUAUCUGCAGGACUAUGUUGACGGUUAA